UUAAAUUUCCAAACCCUAUUUAAACCUGCGCCACCGCACCUUUCACGAUCCGCGACUUUGUCCUCCUCUUUCCGAAUUAGAAGAACAAGAAAAUUAAAAAGAAAACAAAAAAGAUAAAAAAAAAAAAGCAGCAAAAAGUCGCAUCGCGAACCUUCUCAGAAACCCCCCAAUCUCUUCCUUUUCUCCGGAGACCAGGACCUUUCUCUAUCUAAAACUCUUUGUCUCUCUUGAUUUGGAUUUCGAUUGGUGGUUUUCUCAGAGAAAUGCAACUGGACUUGUUCGGAUCCAAGUCGCUGAUUCUGAACUGGAAGCGUCGGAGUGGUUGUCUUCGUUAGGGUUUUUUAUUUCUAUUUUGUUUUGUUUUGUGAAGAUUUGCUUGGGUUAGGGUUCCUGAAGGUUUUGAUAUGUUGAUUGCGGAAGAUGGCUCCGAUUUGUGGCCUGUUGACAGCUCCAAAUUCUCUGAGCUGGAUUGGUCCGCUGAUGAAUUCACUGAAGACUUGUCUAUGGACAUGGACGCACUCAUGAACAUUCUUGACGAACCUAAAGAGGAUUCUGAUGGUUUGCCGCCUUGUCCAGGGGACUUGUUACCAAAAUACGAAUCUCACGGUGUGGGAAACCAUGAAAAUACUCAGAUUCAUGCUGCUUAUUUAGGAAAACCUCAAGUGUCACGGCCACCUUCAAUAGGGGUUGGUAUAGUUAGUCCUGGCACAGUGCAAACUUCAUACAACUCAGAGGCUUCUGAUUCUGGCACAGCGGUUUCAGGCAGUUCCUUUAAUUCCUCGGUGAACCAUAACAUUAUGUUUGACUGUAACAAGCAGGAACACUCUGUACACACCGACUCUUAUGUUAAUGAUUGCUCAGCGAGUCCUAAAGAUUGGAUUUCACUGCGGCCAGGCAAUGGUACUUGCUUCAAUGAGAGGGCUGCAGUGUUGGUACCCACAUGUAGUACAUCAUCUAGUUUUGCUGAAGGAGAUACAAACAAUGUUUCAGACCUUGGAGAUAAUUUUGAUGUCAAUAUACUGCAGGGAGAAACUGAACUUCAGUUGAGGCAUGGGGUUGAUGUUGUUCCCAAAUAUCUUUCAGAAUACAGUGGUACUGAGAACAUGGAUGUGGAUUAUGGUAAGCAUCACGCUUUGAAAGGAAAUACCAUAGAAAGUGUGGGACUGCCUGAAAACAACCUGUGUACAUCUCUGGAGAUGACCUUCAUGGGUGCUGAUUUUUCUUCAGGAAACGUACCUUCUGCAGAGUCAACAAUCUGUCAAGGUACUGAUAUUAGGAGUGAAUAUUCAGAUAUGCAAUAUGGACUGAGCUUGGAUGAUGCAGUUUUGGCUAAGUCUCAUUUGUUUCCGAUUAUUGAAGAAACUAUGACUAACAUAAAGGAUGAAAUAGGGGAGUUUCCAACUGAGAGUGAAUGCUCGAGUAAUAGAAUGAAAGACCAAGGGGCGAGAAACGGAACAGAGAUGUCAAUGAUUGAUUACCCUCAUGCAAAGGGAUGGAACUAUGGAUAUGAAGGGAAUAAUUAUACAUCAUCAAUUGGAUUUUCUUCAUUCGAUUCCAAUGGCUAUUCCAUGGAUCGAAAGGGGUUGACAGUGCCAUUGACUUGUUCUCAAUCACAUAUGUCAAGUGAAAGAAAAUCCAUUUUUUUGAAGGAUGAAGAACAAGAUGAGAUGUUUGGACAUGGCCGCAUUAUGGAGCAUUCUUACUCUGUGGAUGAUACAUUUUUUGACCAAGUUAAGUCAUCAUUUUCUGGUGUUUCUUAUUUGUCUGGGCAGAAGACUGGGUGCUUUACGGAUGAGAAAGAUGACAUAAUUGUUGCAUCUAACAAGGCUUAUCAUUCUCGAGAUAAUAUUAAUGGAAGUGUGGCAUCCACCAUUGAUAAUGGGCAUUUUAAUUUAAAUGCAGAAGUGUAUUUUCCCUGUCCUCAGCCGCUUGAUUCAAAUGAGAAUCAACCUAAAUGUUUGGGCUCUCAUCUUUCAAAAGUCAGUCCAGAAUCAACUCAUAGUAAUUUCUCAGAGAAAUCCUUUGUAGAGGAUGAUUCUGAUGUUUGUAUAAUUGAACAUAUGAGUCAUCCUGCUCCCUCAAAUAGGUUGCCACCAUUAAAAAAUAACCUUGUUACAUCACAACAUUGUACACUUGGUGACAAUUACAUGGGAUUUGGGGGGAUGAGGCUUAAGGCAAGAGAUGAAAGUUUGAUUUUACGUCAAGCAUUGCAGGAUCUUUCACAGCCAAAAUCAGAAGCUAGUCCACCAGAUGGAGUUCUUACAGUACCUCUCUUACGCCAUCAGAAAAUUGCUCUAUCAUGGAUGGUUCAGAAGGAGACAGCUAAUGUGCACUGCGCUGGUGGAAUUCUUGCAGAUGACCAGGGAUUGGGAAAAACAAUAUCAACAAUUGCACUUAUACUUAAGGAAAGGCCUCCAUCGUUUAGACCUUGUCAAGACAUAAAAUGUGAGAUGGAAACCCUGAAUUUGGAUGAGGAUGAAGAUGAAGAUGUGCUUCCUAAGAUUAGUGGAAUGAAGCAAGAAUCAGAUACCCGUCAGGUUAUGCCAAAUGGAACACCAAUGAAGAGCAUGAAUUCUUUGCCAAGUGGAAGACCAGCUGCAGGGACCCUUGUUGUUUGUCCUACCAGUGUUUUGCGACAAUGGGCUGAGGAGUUGCAUAAUAAGGUGAGCAGCAUAGCUAACCUCUCUGUGCUAGUCUACCAUGGCAGCAACCGUACAAGGGAUCCGUGUGAGUUGGCAAAGUAUGAUGUUGUCCUUACAACAUACUCUAUUGUCAGCAUGGAAGUACCAAAGCAACCUCUUGUUGAUGACGAUGAUGAGGACAAAGGUGAACCAGAGUAUCAUACAUAUCCAACUAUGGGACUCUCCUCCAGUAAGAAAAGGAAAUAUCCUCCCAGUUCUGAUAAAAAAAGUUCAAAGGAAAAAAAAGGAUUGAACGGUGCAGUGCUUGAGUCUGUUGCUCGUCCGCUUGCAAAGGUUGGGUGGUUUAGGGUUGUCUUGGAUGAGGCCCAGAGCAUCAAGAAUCACAGAACACAAGUAGCUAGAGCCUGUUGGGGUCUUCGUGCUAAACGUAGGUGGUGCUUGUCGGGGACUCCUAUCCAGAAUGCAAUUGAUGAUCUUUAUAGCUACUUCAGAUUUCUCAAAUAUGAACCUUAUGCUAUAUAUAAGUCCUUCUGUUCCAGUAUUAAGGUCCCAAUUAAUAAGAAUCCAUCGAAAGGGUACAAGAAACUACAAGCUGUUUUGAAGACAAUAAUGUUACGUCGUACCAAAGGCACACUUCUUGAUGGGAGACCUAUUGUUACUUUACCACCAAAAUAUAUUGAGUUGAAGAAGGUGGACUUUUCACAGAAAGAACGCGAUUUCUAUUCCAGACUAGAGUCUGACUCGCGUGCUCAGUUUGAAGAAUAUGCAGCAGCUGGAACCGUUAAACAAAAUUAUGUCAACAUUUUGUUGAUGCUCUUGCGUCUUCGACAAGCUUGUGAUCACCCUCUUCUUGUCAAGAAUUUGGAUUCACAUUCAUCAUGGAGAUCGUCAAUUGAUGCGGCAAAGAAACUUUCUCGAGAUGAACAAAAACAUCUUCUGAAUUGCUUGGAAGCUUCUUUAGCAAUUUGUGGCAUCUGCAAUGACCCACCCGAAGAUGCUGUCGUUUCCAAAUGUGGGCAUGUAUUCUGCAAGCAGUGCAUUUGUGAACAUCUUACUGGUGAUGAUAACCAGUGUCCCAGUACAAAUUGCAAAAUUCGCCUCAAUGUGUCUUUAGUGUUUUCAAAAACCACAUUGAACAGUGCUUUAUGUGAUCAGCAGCCUAAACAGGAUGGUUCCCUAGAAUGUGGUGGCUCAGAAGUUGUCGAGACAGUAGAGUCUUCUUUUGAUGAUAUUUAUGAUUCAUCCAAGAUCAAGGCUGCCAUUGAGGUCCUACAGUCAUUAUGUAAACCACAGGAUUGUUUAUCAACAAAUAGUUCAAUUCAGAGCACUUUGGAUGGAAAGCCCAGCUGUGCUGAAAAUUCACUCGAAAGUCGUGGAGGAGAAUAUUCAAUAGAGGAUAUUCCUGAUAGACACAAUUUGGAUGUGGAAAAAAGUUCUAAUAAUUCAGUCAUGGUUGCUGGACAGAAAGCAAUAGUGUUUUCCCAGUGGACAAGAAUGCUGGACUUGCUUGAAGCUUGUCUUAAAAAUUCUUCUAUUCAGUACAGAAGACUCGAUGGAACGAUGUCAGUACUUGCCAGAGACAAAGCUGUGAAAGAUUUUAACACCCUCCCGGAGGUGUCUGUUAUAAUUAUGUCUUUGAAGGCAGCCAGUCUUGGCCUCAACAUGGUUGCAGCUUGUCAUGUCCUACUGUUGGACCUAUGGUGGAAUCCUACCACAGAAGACCAAGCAAUUGAUAGAGCACAUCGGAUUGGGCAGACUCGCCCUGUUACAGUUUUACGGUUAACUGUUAGAGAUACUGUUGAAGAUCGUAUUUUGGCUCUUCAGCAAAAAAAGAGAGAGAUGGUUGCAUCUGCUUUUGGGGAGGAUGAAACUGGUGGUCGUCAAACUCGUCUCACCGUAGAAGAUCUGAAGUACCUGUUCAUGAUGUGAUUAGAGAGCAUUAACAGGUUUGGCAGACAUAAUUUUGCUAACACAGGUAUUAUCGAUAGGUUUGUUUCUGACAGUGGCAACAGUGAUACUUGAUUAUCUGACAAUAGAUCUAAAAGGAGUAACAAGAGGCAUUACUGAUGAGAAGAUUAUGUUAAAUCUUUUAUAGAAUCGCAUGAUCCAUUUUUUUUUAAUUUUUUCUUACUGGUGCCUCGUAAUUUGUAUAGCAUGUUGAUAUCCGUUGUCUUAAAGCUAGCUAAGAGAUGAAAUUCAGUUGAUAUUUUUUGUUUUUCUAAAUGUAAAUGAUAGAAGGUAGUUUCCCAUUCUCCUUAUUUUGUUUCAUAGUUUGUUUAGCGAUACACAGAGGUUAGAAACUAGAUUGUAUUGGCAGAUUUGAAAUUUGAUUGUAUUGUUUCCUCGAUCUGGUCAUUUUAAUGAUUUAUUGUAUAAAAAUUUUACACUUAAUAUGGAAUGGCAAAGUAGUUCUAUGGUUACAUCCUA